GACAAAGUUACCGAUAUAAACGAAAGAGUUUUUCAAAAGGAUAAAAAAAGAAAAAGCCAUGCAUAACGAGACACUGUACAAUUUCACGUGCGGCCACGGUCUCGACGCCUUCCACACGCGCUACGUCUCGAUCCACGGCUACGUGAGCCUGCUAGUGUGCACCUUCGGCUCCAUAGCCAAUGGCCUGAACAUAGCGGUGCUCUCGCGCAAGGAGAUGUCCUCGCCGACCAACGCGAUACUCACGGGCCUCGCGGUCGCCGAUCUGCUCGUUAUGAUCGAGUACAUACCGUACGUGAUACACACCCACCUCUACCACAGGCCCAAACGCGACACCUACACCUACGGCUGGGCCCUGUUUGUCCUCUUUCACUCAAACUACGCCCAGAUCUUCCACACCAUUUCCAUCUGGCUGACCGUGACUUUGGCCGUGUGGCGUUACAUAGCGGUCGCCUAUCCGCAAAAGAACCGCGAGUGGUGCAGCUACCGCAGGACGAUCAUGGCCAUCGUGGCGGCGUACGUCAUUGUGCCGCUCCUCUGUUCGCCGAUGUACCUCACCACGGAGAUAGUGAUCAAAAACAGGUUGCUCGACGCCAACGAUUGCGAGGUCAACCUGACCGCCCGUCAACUCCACGGAAAACAGGAUACAAACAGCACCAACGCGGAGCCAAAGAACACGACCCUGUACUUUGUCGCGAUGACCGAGAGCGCGCGAGCCAUCGGCUUCGAGGACUUGAACCUGUGGGUGUACGGGGUGGUGAUAAAGCUGAUACCCUGCCUGGCGCUGACGAUAUUCAGCCGGCGGCUGAUCCUCGCCCUCGUCGAGGCGAAGAAGCGCCGGAAAAAGCUCACGACGACCACGAUGCUCAAGAUGGAGGAGUCGGCCAGCGUGGCCGAGGGCAAGAAGCGCAAGCGGAAGCACUCGCGGCUCAUCGACAAGGAGAAACAGACCGACCGGACGACCAAGAUGCUCCUGGCGGUGCUGCUGCUCUUCCUCCUCACCGAGUUCCCCCAAGGGAUGAUGGGACUGCUGAGCGGCCUCCUCGGCAAGCCCUUCUUCAACACUUGCUACCUCAAGCUGGGCGAAGUGAUGGACAUCCUAGCGCUCAUCAACUCGGCGAUAAACUUCAUCCUCUACUGCGCGAUGAGCCGUCAAUUCCGCCAGACGUUCAACCAAUUGUUCUGCCGUUGGAAGCUGUUUGGCCGUUGGUCGCCGGUGCCCCAACAUGCGGAGAACAACAACGGCCACACGACGAAUCACACGGUCACUCAGGUCACCCAAGUCUAG